GCCCCAUAACUCCGCUGCAGCCUGAGGGGAGCCAGACACACUCUCAGGCCCCGAAUAUAGAAAAAUUAUCGGAAAAAAAUCGGGAAAAAUCAUAAAAGAACAGAUCGCGAGGAGAAAAGGACGCGGAGCGGUGGCGUGGGCUCUCCCACGGCGGGUGUCUGGUCCGGUCCGGUCCGAGAUGGAAGGUUACCGGCAGGGCUCCAUGUGAAACUGACUAAUGCGGUGCUGGAAACUUUUUGGACGGUAAAAAUGCAGAGCAGUGUUUCCCACUCACCGCCAACCAUAGCUGUUGGGACCGGGUGAGGAGGAGAGAACAAGAGAGCGAAGGAGAGGAGCGACUGAAGCAGAGAGCGAGAGAGAGAGAGGGAGAGAAGAAAAGUGCAGAGACGAAAGAAGGACAAGAAGUAUUUCAACAGAUUUUGGCUUACCUGGAUCAUUGGCCCUUCCUGUGAGCUGUUGAGCGUCUUCUUUUUUCGAUAACCCCCUCCCCCCCUCCCCUCCCCUCCACAACUUCCCAAGUUGAGCCUGCAAGGCAGGGGAGCCACAAGUAUAUUUUCAUGGCAGCGGCACUCUAGGGCUGCCAUGGCAGCUGCUGCCGCCGAUGCCUCACACCGUAUUACCGCACUGACGCCGGAGGAAGAGGGACGACGGACUGCCGCCAAGCUGUUUGGGAGCGCCGCCCCGCUGCCACGGAUAGAGCGAGAGAGAGAGAGGGGGAGAGAGAGAGAGAGGGAGAGGGAAGGAGAAAGGGUAGGGAAAGCGAGUGGGAACGAGUGUUUGGCGUGCGGGGCCCUGUUCGCCUCACAGGAGAAGCUCCGGCUGCACGCCUUGAGUCACACAGGAGAGAAACCCUUCCACUGCUCACAGCCACACUGUCCCAAGGCCUUCAGCUCCAAAUACAAACUCUUCAGGCAUAUGGCCACACACUCUCCACAGAAGACCCAUCAGUGUUCGUUCUGUGAGAAAAUGUUCCACCGCAAAGACCACCUGAAGAACCACCUGCAGACCCAUGACCCCAACAAGGAGGCCUUCAAGUGUGAAGAGUGUGGGAAGCACUACAACACCAAGCUGGGAUAUAAGCGCCAUGUGGCCAUGCACUCUGCCACGGCCGGGGAUCUCACCUGUAAAGUGUGCAUGCAGAGCUACGAGAGCACGCCCGUGCUCUUGGAGCACCUCAAGAGCCACUCCGGGAAGUCUUCGGGCGGCACCAAGGAGAAAAAACACCCGUGCGACCACUGUGACCGCCGUUUCUACACGCGGAAGGAUGUGCGACGGCACAUGGUGGUCCACACGGGCCGAAAGGACUUCCUAUGCCAGUACUGUGCCCAGCGCUUUGGCAGGAAGGACCAUCUGACGCGCCACGUGAAGAAGAGCCACUCGCAGGAGCUGCUGAAGAUCAAGCCGGAGCCUCCCGACAUGCUAGGUCUUUUGGCUUCUGGGUCGCCCCCUUGCUCUGUGAAGGAGGAGCUCAGCCCCAUGAUGUGCGGCAUGGGUCCCAACAAAGACCCUAUGAUGGGCAAACCGUUCCCCAGCGGGGCCCCUUUUCCGAUGGGCAUGUACAACCCCCACCAUCUCCAGGCCAUGUCUAAUUCUGGGGUGGGUCACCCGCACCCGUCUCUGAUGCCCAGUCCCUUGUCUGCAGCUAUGGGCAUGGGCUGUCACAUGGAAUCCCCUGGUCCUCUUCACCCACACUCCCACCACCACCACCACCACCACCAUCACCACCACCACCACCAUUCCCCUCCGCUGCCCCAGCACCACCAGCCCCAGGCUCCCCAGCAGCAGCACCAGCCCCAGCCAGCCCCCAAAUACCAGCUGGGAUCUACCUCAUACCUGCUGGACAAGCCCUUGAAAGUGGAGAUGGAGAGCUUCCUCAUGGAUCUGCAGAGUGGCUCUCCAGGCCCGGUUCCCUCUGCAGAGCCACACGCUGCUGCCUCACCCCACAAGGACGGACUGGAGUCCACCUCGGGCCUGGUGGACGAGCUUUGCGGGGAUCACCUCCUGUCCAAGAGCCCUGCGGUGAUCGCCGAGUCUCUGUGCGCUGCUAACAUGGACUUCUCCCACCUGCUGGGCUUCCUGCCCCUCAACCUGCCUCCCUACAGUGCCCCCAUGAGCACGGGAGGGCUGGUGAUGGGCUACACCUCAUCCGCGACCCCCUCCUCUUCCUCCUCCUCUUCCUCAUCUCUGCACGCUGCCGAGCCCCACGCCGCAGCACCUCUUACCUCUUUGCAACCGCAACCUCAGGAGCAGCAGAGCUCCAGCGGGGGUCUGGGCCUCGGACCCCUGCACCCCCUCCCACCAGUGUUCAGCUCCAGCCUUAGUACCACCACGCUGCCUCGCUUCCACCAGGCCUUCCAGUGAGAGAGCCAGCCCUUGGCCCAGCCAAGAUGGCCUCCGUACCAGCCUCAGCUCAGUAUGGAUAUUUCGGGUUGUGGUUCUUUUACAGUGCCUGUUGAAGAAGUUGGAGAACUAGAAUAAAUAAAUUCACACAUGAACACUUAGAAGCCUUACCUGAAAGUGCACAAAAGCUUUUAAUUGAGCCUUAAAAGGAAGUUAGACCCCUUUGAGCAAAAAAAGGAAAGGUGAGAAAAGAAGUUGAAGGAGCUUUUAUUUGGGCUUUUUGCCUUUCCCCCCCCCAUCCUAUAGUUAUAACAAUG